GCUGGUUUGCAUUGCAUGCUGAGAAGCUUGUCAAUUCCUUGCUUACCACACUGAAUCACCAAAUCAAUUCACCCCACACACUUACACGCCUAUUCCCUUUCAACAACAAGAAGAACAACAACGCGCACUCACUCACUCUCUCAUCCACUCUCGCCUACCUAUUCCACUUACAACACUCACAUCAACAUCACAUCCACAAUGGCCAUCCGAGAACACUUCCGCCGUGCUCUGCGUUCCGACGCUUCCGGCUCUCAACUCGAUGCUACUACUCCUGGAAAGAUCACUGCCACCAUCACAAAAUCCAGCCAGACCAGCGACAAGUCGUCCUCAUCAAAGUCUUCCUUUACAGAGAAGCUGUCUCGUGGCUGGACGUGGGGGUCCAACAACCGGGAGAUCAAGGCCCGCAAGCCAAAGAACAAGGGCAAGAAGAAGAUCGUCCACCCCAGCGAGAAGCCCUUGACGGCCCAGAACCUCGAGCACCAGGAGAUGCUCUCUCACUUCCAAUGGAAUUUUGGCGCCUCCCGACCCGAGCAGAUUGAGGAUGAUGACUUUAUCGGCAUCAGCCCCUGCUGCACCCGCGCUCCUAGCGUCGUCGACUUUGCUCUUGACCGCGACAGCGACAGCGAUGGCCGUUCCUCAUCAUCUUCGUCCUCUUCCAUCAAGUCGGAUUAACUGAUUCCCUGAACCGGCAUGGUCGGCUUUGAUGGAUGGGCGGGCAAUGCAACCGGGCACGCCGGAUCUCGAUAGGGCGAACUGCCAGAGUUCUAGAACCACGUUCCAACGACCGCCACCCACAACGACAUCAACGCUACGCUACGCAGCAAGGCACACGCACACCGCUCACUUCGGUGAUUCAACUGGGGCUGAUCUUCGACAUUGGGCCCCUCAAUUCGCUCAUCUUCUUUGAUCCCAACUGGGACUGACCCCCAUGUCACCUCACGGUUUUCACCGAUUGGGUGACACACUCCAUCUCCAGAUCAGCGUCCGUCCCAAACAGGGACAGCAACUGACGAUCACGGGGACAGUCUCGCCUUUAGCGGGUACUCCUUUUCAACAUCACUUCCUUCUUCCCAAGUUAUGCCUUGGCAAUGAAUUACAAAAUAAAGGCAGCCAAACAAAAGCAGUGCGCAUUGGCUGUCUUUCAUCGCUGGGACGAUGAAAUAAUCCCUUAUCCCCGGCUUCGGUGUCUCAUCCACCGAGCCGCAUGAUUGACACAGAAACACCACAAGAGAGUGGUACGAAUUGCAUUUUUGGAUUUAGCGAUUGGCAUUGGGAGGUUUUCUCUGCAUAAGCAUUUCGGUCAUGGUUUGGGCAAAAAACAUAGACCAGAUAUGAGGGCGUUCAAAUUGAAUAGACCUUGACAAAGGCUUUUACAAUCUUUAACACAUUGUUUCC